UAAGUAUCUGUACUGUACCUGUCUUCGCUUUGGUUGGGUGCGCUUCCUUUUUAUCGUGUGUUGUAAUAAUGAAUAUUUUCGUUUUAUUUUAGAGUAUUAACCGUUUUAAAUAUUCCCUCAUGUAGUUUUGGUAAAGUGUUUCUAGUGAAAUCCUUCGGUGGAUACUGAUCAAUGCUGCUGUACACUGAAUAUGGCUGACGAAAGACUAGUGGUUCUGAAUCGUAGUGACAAUUUGGGAUUCGGAUUCUCUUUGCUUGGCGAAGCCGGUUUGCCACAUAUUAUAUACGAGAUUGAAGAAAAUUCCCCUGCGGCUCGAAGUGGCGAGGUCGAGGCGGGAGACGUUUUGCUCAAGGUUAAUGGGACUGAUGUAAACCGGUUCACUACCCGAGAAGUUUUAAAAUGCUUGCGGCUGUCGUCGGAUCCCGUCACUAUAAGACUGAGAAAGGACCCACAGAUCAAAGCGAGCGUGCGGCGAUACCUGGCCGCGGCGGCCGAGCGGCGCUCUAGCGGCGCACGCAUCAACCACGACAAAUCGGGAUCUCCGCCGUCGAGCAACUCGAACAGUAACUCAUCGAGCAACUCGUCGAGCAACGGGUCGGGCGUGCAGUCGGGAGACAGCUGCGAGGCGCUGGUCGGCUUGGAGGACAAGCGGCGAGGGCGCGUCACGCCCAAGUUCGAAGCUUACAUGAUGACCGGCGACCUGAUGCUCAACCUGUCGCGAGUCGAACACCCACAUCACAACCAUCACGCACCCACGCACCGGACACACUACCACAGGUACAACUCUACCCCGGCGUCGCCCAGUGACAACCGUGUGUGCGGGCGCGUGGAGCUGGCGCAGAGGCACAACUCCUCGCCCGACACUGGUCUCGUCGGGGACCAUGCUAGUAAAAUGUUCAUAUCUCAGCCAGCAUCGCCGGCGAGCGGUGGGUGUGGCGCGGGCUCGAAUUCUGCUGACGUAUGUGCGCGUGCGCAUCACGCUGUCAGAACCUCGCGGUCCGAGGAUCAUCUACAGCUUGUCCCACGGUGUCGAGUAUCGCGACGUAAGUUCCAGAAGGAGUCGUCGCUGAGCGCCGUGGCCGUGGAGAUGGAGGAGGACGUGACGUCAUCGCUCAACACGCUGCUGGACGCGCGGCCGGACUCCGCCACGCCCGGCCCGCGCUCCGACUCCGACCCCGAGCGGGACAGGAUCGUGUGGACGUACAACGCGCCCGUGUCGUGUGCGUCGGAGCGCACGCACUGCAACGGGUCGGGCGCCACCUCCAACUCCACCUCUAUAUCCGACGGCAUAUCGCAACGGUCGUCGUCGCCCGCGUCCCCCACGUCGGCGUCGUCCUCCGUGAUGUCGUCCCGCGCCACGCCGCCGCACCGCCAGCUGCCGCAACAGCAUUUACAUCAUCGACCGCUUAAUGGUGAUAUGAGUUUAUCAGAAGCAGUGUCAAAUAUAUCGAGUCCAGAUUAUCAGGACCAAGACGACAUGUUCGAGACGGGACGGGAGUGUCCCAGAAUGGAACUGUCCGAUCCCUCCGACUCAGACUCCACUAUCCUGGUGUCUGAACCUUGUCACAAACGAGCCAAAUCCAACUCUACAUACUCGAACGAACACGGGAGCGACGUCACGCUCAACGGCGACCACAACAACGAUUAUAGAAUAGUGAUACAAGUCAAAGGACCCGACAAACAGAACGCGAACGCUACGGAAAAUGUAAAUAAUAACAACAAUAGUAAUUACACGCAGAACGGCAAAGAAAACGGACACAACUCACCGGAGAACCAAGGCUAUCAGGAGCUGGGCAGCGGGUCAGACGGCGGCUCGGACGAGGGCUCUGACGGCGACUCGCUGCACUCUUUCCACUACAGCCCGAAAGCCGUUGACAUACCUUCAGCGGAACGACUUGCCAAACGAUUAUACCACCUCGAUGGAUUCAAGAAGUCUGAUGUGUCUCGACAUUUAAGUAAAAACAACGAGUUCUCCCGCGCGGUGGCGGAGGAGUACGUGCGUCACUUCUCGUUCGGCGGCGCGACGCUGGACGCGGCGCUGCGCGGGUUCCUGGCGCGGUUCGCGCUCAGCGGGGAGACGCAGGAGCGCGAGCGCGUGCUCGUGCACUUCUCGCGGCGCUACCUCGAGUGCAACCCCGGCUCCUUCAACUCGCAAGACGCGGUCCACACGCUGACGUGCGCCAUCAUGCUGCUGAACACGGACCUGCACGGCUGCGGCGGCGGCGGCACGUUCCGGCGCAUGUCCUGCGCGGAGUUCAUCGAGAACCUCGCCGACCUCAACGACGGCGACAACUUCCCGCGCGACACGCUCAAGCAGCUCUACCACGCCAUCCGCACCAUGCCGCUGCAGUGGGCGCUCGACACGGAGGCUACGAGCGGCGCGGCGGCGGCGGGCGGCGAGUCGCGCGGCGCGGUGGGCAGCAACCCGUUCCUGGACGUGCCCGACCAGAGCCGCGCCGUCGAGUACAAGAAGGGCUACGUCAUGCGCAAGUGCUGCGUCGACGCCAACGGCAAGAAGACUCCCUUCGGUCGGCGAGGCUGGAAGAUGUUCUACUGCACGUUGCGGGACUUGGUGUUAUAUCUUCAUAAAGACGAACACGGCUUCAGGCGCAGUCAAAUGUCGGAUAAUUUACACAAUGCCAUCAGGAUACACCACGCUUUGGCCACUAAAGCCACAGACUACACGAAAAAGCAGCAUGUAUUCAGAUUGCAGACAGCUGACCAGGCUGAAUACUUAUUUCAAACAAGUGACUCCAAAGAGCUGUGUUCGUGGGUGGAGACGAUAAACUUCGUGUGCGCGGCCUACUCGGCGGCCCCGCUGGCCGGCGCCGUCGGCUCGCAACGCAAGUUCCAGCGGCCGCUACUGCCCUGCACGCACACCAAGCUGUCCAUGCGAGACCAGUUGGCUGAGCAUGAGGAACGCGCGGCGAGGCUGGAGGAAGAGCUGGCGGCACUGCGGCACGCGCGGGACAACGCACCGCACGCGCGCGACAAGGAACAUUACCUCGUGUAUGAGAUAAAGAGGUACCGCACGUACGCGUACGUGAUGCGGUCGCGCGCGGGCGGCGCGGGCGCGGACGACGCGGCGCCCGCGCUGCCGGAGCGCGGGGGCGCGCUGGGCGCGGCUUGA